AUGGCCUCCACCAGCAGUUUCGUCCAGCUCGCAAAGAGCCUCCCCGAGCCGCUGCAGCGCUUCUUCGCGCGCUGGCCCCCGGCCUCGCUCGUCGCCCCCGGCACCCCCCCGACGGCCUUCCAGGAGCAGCGGCCGAACCCGUUCCGCUUCUACAAGCACCCCGUGACGGGGCGGUGGCAGGACCCCGUCUACUCGCAGCGGCGACAGGCGCAGCUGGUGAAGCUGGCGCGGGAGCACGGCGUCGAGGAGCUGCUGCCCGAGACGACCAAGGGCACCGAGUACAGGCUGGCGCAUCGCGUGGAGCACGGCCUGAGGGUCAAGGGCACGGGUGUGGGCCAGAAGGUCAAGGGUCACAUUCACGAGCGACACAUGAUUGCAAAGAUGGAACAGAGGAGAAAGGCCAUGUUGGAUAUGCCCAAGCUUAUCCGGGCCUGGAAGAGUACAUGUCAUGACAUAUAUCUUUGUUCCCUUCGAAUCUCCCAUCUUCUCCUAUCGAUGGAAUCCAUGGCCGUCUCCUCACCAACCCACUACGACGUCCUCAACCUCACCCCCUCCGUCCUCAACUCCCAGCAUGACCCCUCCACGCUCAUAAAGCAAGCCUACCGCAGAGCCCUCCUCCGCCACCACCCCGAUAAGGCUUCUGCUUCCACUACUCCCUCAGUCUCAUCAUCAUCAUCAUCAACAUCAUCAUCACUCUACACAAUCGACCAAAUCACAAAAGCCUUCACAGUCCUCUCAUCCCCCUCCCAACGCAGCACCUACGACGCAGCCCUCCGCCUCAGCAGAGCCAACGGCGGAGCUACUACACAGGCACGCUUCCAGACGGGCAUCGAAAACGUCGAUUUGGAUGAUUUGCAGUUCGACGAGGCCGAGGGGCGCUGGUAUAGGUCCUGUCGCUGUGGGAACGAGCGCGGGUAUUCUUUUGAUGAGGAGGAUCUAGAAGGGGUCGAGCAGGAGGGAGUGCUCAUGGUUGGGUGUCACGAUUGCAGCCUUUGGCUAAAGGUUCACUUUGCUGUAGCAGAAGAAGUUGGAGAGGCGGGUGAUGGGCAGACGUCGAUAUCAAAUGAAAAAGAUCUCAGCUGA